AUGUCUAAUCGUCCGUGGCAGUGCACAUACUGCUGCACGAGUUUCAGCCGCGCCGAGCAUCUACGCCGACACCUUCGGUCACACGAGAAUCUCAGGCCCUUUGCCUGUGCGCUCUGUCGGCGAUCAUUCACGCGAAAAGACCUUCUGAAACGCCAUGAGAGGACAUGCAGAGUCAGAGAAGAACGGGAAGAGGUCGUGGAGGCUCCAGCGGACUUUCGGUCAGAUCAGCUAGGUCGACAGAGUGAACGGGAGAGAGCCGUUAUCUCGUCAUGUUCAACCCGAAAUGGAGACAUCCCCGACCUUCCCAGCUCGGUGGACUUUGCCGCGCUGGACUUUUUAUUUGCACCAGCACUAGCUUCAGACAGCAUCACAAUGGCCGAAAGGCUAGAAUAUCUGGCCUACUUUACGAGUGCCAAUGGUAUGGCUACGUUUCUGGACCGCGAGACUCUCAAACAGCGACAGGAGCUCCUCAAGGGAGCUGACCGACACUUGUACGAGAGAGAAAACGAAGAAGCGCAUGGUGCAGGCUUGCUGCCAGAAACAAUAGACCCCUCGCUCAUCCACCUCUCAUCCAGUCAUGGGGGUUUCCUCGUUCACAAGGCUCACGAGAUUACUGAACAUCUUCGCCGCACCAUCACCACAAAGUCAGACAAAACCAUCAUCAAACUGGACUGGUCCCCUGCCGCUCAACAAUCCUGCUCCGCCUUUUUCUCAGCUAGUAAUAUUCGCCGCUUUCUGGAAUAUUUCUGGUCAUUGUGGUACCCCAACUGUCCCAUCGUGCAUCGCCCGUCGUUCGAUCUGGAGACAGCGCGGACAGCUCUGCUGUGCGUUAUGCUGAUUAUUGGAGCGUGUCUGUCGCCGCAUGAAGGGGACGCCCAAGCGGCUAAGAUGUGGUUGGACAGCGUUGAGGAAAUGGUAUUCAAUGACGAGGCAUUUAUGGAGAAAGAGACAUCCGACACGUCGUCGGGUCAGCUAUACGACAAGGCCGAAUGGAUGAAGAAGCGCGUUGAAUGUAUCCAGUCGGCAUAUCUGGUCUGCUCACUGCAGAAAAGGGAGGGGUCCGUGGAGGCGCAGGGACGCGUGAGGAGGUAUCGACAUGCAGCGCUGGUCAUGCUGGCGAGAGACAUCGGGCUUGAAUCGGCCACGCAUCGCAACUUGCGGCUGGAUAGCCCGUCUGAGUCAUGGUGGAGGCAGUUUGUCAUUGAAGAGGAAUUGAUUCGGACUCUGACGUUCGUCUUUCUUAUCGAUGCCGCCAUGGCGAUCUUCCACCACACUCCGCCACGGAUGGUGGUUUCGGAGCUCAAGAUGGACAUGGCUUGUCCCGAGUCUUGUUUUCAGGCAGAUACAGCUGCAGAGUGCUUUUAUGCACUGAGGGAGUGGGAAGGGUCUAUCUUCUGGUCUGAGCGACUGUCUGUACCUGGCGUGUUACGGAGGAUAUGCCAAGGACAGUUGGAUGACCACUCCGUCCUCGAGUUCUCAAAGAUGGGAACGCUGAAUCUGUUUACGACUGUACAAGCUCUGCAUUCUUUGACGUUUCACUUGCAAAACUCCUUGGUCUUCGAGUCCACCCUCGCCCCGGUCCAGACUGGGUUGGAGAACUGGCGUCGAAUAUGGAACGCACGACAGCCCGAGGACAAGGACAUUCCCGACGAACCACAGACCAUCUGGAAGAAGAUCGGCUUUGUGAGGUAUGCACCGGAAUUCUGGCACUUGGCUCGCAUCAUCGUUGCCCGAAUCAUCGACAGUCCUGGUGAUGAACAAUGUCCUCUGCCUACGGAGCGGGGUCUCUCUCGCUUCGAUCAUACUGAUAUGAGAGAUAUUAAUGAAUUGAUUAUGGAAUACCGGCAACUGAACUUGGGAGUUACGCCGUGA